UCAACAUCUACCAAGUAGCGCCAGAUCGGUACAGACCGGAGAUGCCGGUGGCUCCUCCGUGUAUCGAUAGCCAUUGAACUUUUUCAAUAGCUCGAGUCUGUCUUGCAUCAAAUGUUUGCUAAAAGUACAUCAAUUCAACCUUAGCGCUGAUUACCAUGGCGCAGUAGCACCUUGCGCUUGUACAUAUACCUUUUCCUCUCCCUAGUUACUCCAGCUUCUGCACCCUUCUCUGUCCAGUGCAUGUUCCUUUGUACCAUACCCGAAAAUGCAUCUUCCAGCCCAGAUAACUGGGAGGAAGAGCGAGGAGCUGGGUAGGACGAACAGUGCAAUUGGCGGCACUGGAAAGAUCCCACGCGCCAAAAAGCCCAGAUCAAGACCGCCAACAAGCUUACGAGACAAGCUUGGUUUCCUACAAGCACAUUUGCCUUCCUAUUCUGGGCCAUACAGUGUUGGAUCCAUGGACAUUGAAGUUCCAGUAGAAAAUCCGCGAACCUUCUCACACAUCACGCGCGACGGAAAACAUCUAUUGAAAAUCGAAACGGUGUUGUUUACGUUGUACUAUCCUGCAGCGAUUGGAUCCGGCUCUGGGAAGGAUCCUGGUGGCAGGAGGAAUUGGUCUCGCGAAACAUGGCUCCCAAGACCCAGGAUCGAAGUUGCGAAGGGAUAUGGAAAGUUUGCUGGUAUUCCAGGACCCGUGGCCGUGGCUUACUUUGGCGCAACCACUGGGCUUACAAAGUUACGCGCCUUUCGCAAUUCACCCGUCGCAACCCACUGGCCGCCUAUGGGCAAUUCGAAGAAGAAUGGCCAUAAGAUAAAGAACAAGCAGGGUCCACCACCACCCGGUGGUUCUGAAGAGCCAACAUUUCCGCUCUUGUUCUUUAGCCAUGGGCUAGGAGGAACGAGGACAGCAUAUUCAACAAUGUGCGCCGAGUUUGCCAGCUAUGGGUUCGUCGUCUGCGCUUUGGAGCAUCGAGACGGUUCGGGUCCACGGACUUUUGUUAAUCACCCAAAAGAGGGCGGAGAGGGCUCUCAAAAGCAGGAAGCUCAGGGAAAUGUCGAUCAUACCCAUGAGGAAAUCAGGAAAGGUUAUGACAGAAUUGAUUACGUAUUUCCCAAAGACAACCCGUUUGAUACGAGCCCAAAGAACGAGAAGGGUGUUGAUGGCGAACUCAGAAGCGCCCAGAUUGAACUUCGACUUGCAGAAAUCGAAGAGGCCUACAAAGUGCUCUGCGAUAUACGCAAUGGUGGAGGCGCCGAAAUAGAGCGCCGAAACCUAAGACGAGAAGGAUAUAUUGGCGGAAGCUCAAGAGGGUUAGCCGGAGUGGAUUGGUCAAUGUGGACGAAAAGGUUUCACGUAGACAGAGUCACGGUUGCGGGACACUCUUUCGGUGCUGCUACCAUUGUUGAGCUGUUAAGAAACGCCGAUCGAUUUUCUUAUGUUCAAGCGGGAAUCAUUUACGAUAUAUGGGGAGCACCGAUCAAGCCGCCUAAAGAUGACCCACGACAUAGAAUUCAUCUUCCUUUACUAGGCAUAAACUCAGAGGCAUUCAUGUAUUGGCAAAAGAACUUGGAUGCUGUUACAUCUCUAAUGGAGGAAACACGAGAGCAGGGAGCACCAGCGUUCUUGUGCACAGUGAGAGGUUCAAUACACCUUUCACAGUCAGAUUUCACAAUACUAUUUCCUCAUGUGUGCUCCUUCUUCCUGAAGGCGACAGUGCACCCUCAGAGGGCAAUCGAUCUGAACAUCAGUGCAUCUCUCGAGUUUCUUCGGGACGUUACAGAGGGCGCCGGGAAAUCCAUCAUCCAACGAUGCUUAACGGACGAAGAGCUUCUCCAGACUCCAUUGCUAGACGAACUUCCAAACCUGCAUAGACCCGAUACUGAGGAUAUCGCCGCAAAGCUCAAAGUCCCUAAUGAAUUUAGGACACGCAUGGCAGCAAAAGUGCAAAGAAAGUUGAAGCGGCAGAAGGCACAUGGUUUCUACAGUCCCGGGGACGAGGUGUGGAUGCAUUUCAAGACGGAGGAAGAUGAACUUGCGAGUUGGCGGGAGAAGAACAGGCGCGAGGAGGAUCCGGAUCGAGAACAGCUUCGCGAACAACGGCGUCAGGAGGAGAGUGCUACAAAAGAGCAGGAAGAGAGAGAUGAGGACAGCACGAGUAGUGAUAACCUACCAGAAACUACGGACAGUCCGGUCCGCAAAAGCUGGCUGGGUCGCCCUCCGGAGUUGAAGACGGACGACCAAAGCUAAUAUACCGCAUUCUGAGCUGUGAUGAAUAGCUCUACUAAUCACUUUACUAAUGAAUGAAUAUUUUUGAUCGUAAUCAAGCAUACAUACAUGCCCCUUCCUGGAAGCUGGUCCUUGGGUGUAGACAUUUAAAAGGCCGAGACAACAAUCCUUUAUCUGCCACCAUGUCCCUCAAAAUGGUUGGAUUGAGAGCGAACAAGCAGAAUUAGAUAUGGCAACCUAGAUCCAAG